AUGAAUGAACAACAACAAAAACAAAUAUUCGAUAAUAGCACAAAACUAUAUUCUUUUAUCAUAUCAUCAUCAUCAUCAUCAUCAUCAUCAUCAUCAUCAUUAUCUCUAUCAACAGCUCGUUCACGUACUGUAAUUAAUGUUAUUUAUAUAUCAGGCAUUGUUUUUAUGAUAAUCGUGUUUCUUACUUUACUUUGGAUUAAUUUAUAUAGUCGAUGGUGUUGGUGUUGGCAUGAUACAUUUCUUAUUAAUAGAUUUUAUCGUGAAUGGGUAAUAAGACGUUCAAUGGCUAGCAGUACGGAUAUUUCAUUAUCAAAACAUCGACAACAAGAAAACUUAUCUAAUGAUAAUGAACUUCUUUCUUAA